CUUAUACUCCUCUCUUGUCUGUGCAAUCAAAACAACAACAUUCAUUCAUACUGAUCACUUCCUUGCCUAUUGCACAUUCUUCAUCACUUCAUUCAACAUUUCUCUCUCCCUUAGCUAGUUUUUACCAAUGGCUGCUGCGGUUAGUGCUGCAGUCUCUUUUCCAUCCACCAAGUCUACCUCUCUCCCAAGCAGGACCUCCAUCAUUACCCCAGAGAGAGUUGUAUUCAAGAAGGCUUCAUUGCAAUACAGAGAUGUUUGUAGCAGUGGAAGGGUAGUUUCCAUCAGAGCUCAAGUCACCACUGAGGCUCCAGCCAAGGUUGAAAAAGAGUCCAAGAAACAGGAUGAAGGUGUGGUUGUGAACAAGUUCAAACCCAAGACCCCUUACGUUGGUAGAUGCCUGCUCAACACAAAGAUCACUGGGGAUGAUGCUCCAGGAGAAACUUGGCACAUGGUCUUCAGCACCGAGGGAGAGAUUCCUUACAGAGAAGGACAAUCAAUUGGGGUAAUUCCAGAUGGUGUUGACAAGAAUGGCAAACCUCAUAAACUGAGAUUGUAUUCUAUUGCUAGCAGUGCCAUUGGUGAUUUUGGAGAUUCCAAGACUGUUUCUCUAUGCGUGAAACGGCUAGUGUACACAAAUGAAAAUGGAGAAAUUGUCAAGGGAGUCUGCUCAAAUUUCUUGUGUGACCUGAAGCCAGGAGCUGAAGUAACAAUAACUGGACCUGUUGGGAAAGAAAUGCUUAUGCCAAAAGAUCCUAAUGCCACCAUCAUCAUGUUGGGAACCGGAACCGGGAUUGCCCCAUUUCGCUCAUUUUUAUGGAAAAUGUUCUUUGAGAAACACGAAGAUUACAAGUUCAAUGGUUUGGCAUGGCUCUUUUUGGGUGUCCCUACAAGCAGCUCAUUGCUAUAUAAGGAGGAAUUUGAGAAGAUGCAAGAGAAAUAUCCUGACAACUUCAGGCUUGACUUCGCUGUGAGCCGAGAGCAAACAAACGAGAACGGAGAGAAGAUGUACAUCCAAACCCGAAUGGCUCAAUAUGCAGAAGAGCUGUGGGAAUUACUGAAGAAGGAUAACACUUUUGUGUACAUGUGUGGACUAAAAGGAAUGGAAAAGGGUAUUGAUGACAUUAUGGUGUCAUUGGCUGCCAAAGAUGGCAUUGAUUGGACUGAGUACAAGAGGCAAUUGAAGAAAUCAGAGCAAUGGAAUGUCGAAGUCUAUUAAUUUCUGUUCACUUGCACAAAUAUCAUCUCCUACUUUGUGCUGCAACAAGUCUAUCAACCCUCCUGCGUUGUGUAGAUAUAUGACGUCCCUGUAAUUUUUCUUUGACGAUUUUUAUACUGUUCAUGAACAACUUCAAUGUCAGUUUUACAAGUACUAUUUUUGAGGGAUGAUGCAAUAUAGAUGAAUCCAAGUUCACUAUGUCAUUUCCAAA